UGAUGAGUUGUCGCUCGCCGCCGACUGCUUCUCGACGCAUCCCGCUUCCGAUUAUUGGUGCUGUGAGCUCUAGCGGGGACAAUAUAUGUUUCAGGCGUGCAAAUGACUGGUUGGGCAGCCAUCUCAUCCCGCUUUUUCUCAAGCGGACCCCCCUCAGCAACCCAUGACCAGGUCCACACAGCACGGUGACCACACAAUACAUAAAUACACCAGAAAGCCCCCAUGCCACGUCCAUUGUCUUGAAUCACGACAAUCUAGCUGGCUUUGUUGGCUGUCGUUCACAAAGUUAUUCUUCCCUCCUGACCAGCCUUGUUGCCUAAUCCUGCACAAAGAACUUGUGUCGUAGGCGGCUACCACGAGCACCCAUCCCUAUAGAUACCUACUUAGGUACCUGCACAGUCCUUGCUUUGCAGAAGACACACCUCGCCACGUCCCUCCAAUCUCAAAUCACGGAUCCAAAGGGUCCUGUGCGAGUUGGCCUGUCCGAUCACCUGAGCCGUACUUACGAGGUUGACUAACAUAUAGCUACCAUUCUGUUCCACCCAAUCCCGUCUUCUCUGCCUCCGGAACUCCAGGAAGCAGCCCUACCCUUACCUCCUUGAUACCUAUCCGCGCGGCAUCCACUUUAUGCCAUCCGCUUUGGUACACGUCUGCUCUAUUUGCUCCUGCUCCACUACUGUCCCCUAUUCCGCUUUUGCGUUUUCCCAGAACAACUCGUGCCCAUACUGUGGCGCAAUAUCAAGAGGCAUCAACAUUGAGAAGGGUAGCACGCUGGGAGCCGAAGAAUCAAAUAUGCAGCAGGAAGAACUCUCAAGACUGUUCACUGCUCACAUGAGCCUAUCUCAACCGCAGCAGCAACAACAGCAAGUCUUCGAUGCCCAACAACAACAAGAACAGCCUCCAGCAUAUGGAGAGGUCGAGCCCCAGCCUAUCACGUACAUAUCCCAACACUACACCCAUAGCUACCAUGUAGCACCUGUUCGACACACUGCAUCCGCGCCACCCGUUUCCAACGUUGAGCCUUCCGAGCUCGAGGCUGUGUUCCUUCGUAACAGUAUCGACCCUACUCUUCUUUUCCCCUCCCAGGUCGAUCUUUUCAGGAACGCAGACGACGACCAGCGCCUUCGCUUGCUUGAGCUAUGGCGGAUCUCACCUCCACAGGGUAGACAAGGUUUCCCGAGCGAGGCCGAAUACAACACUUCAAGGCAGCUAUAUGACUGGCCACCUACAAGUCUGGCACAGGAAGAAGCCAUGGCGAAGCUCAGGUAUGAAAGCCUAAUGGAAGAGAAAGCACAACAAGAAGCACUCCAGAAAAAUCAGCAGCAGAUGGAAGAGAAUAUGGAUACGGGAUCCGGUGCAGUGCAGGCCGCUAGGGAUUUACUUGCUUCUUCACCUGAAAGUGCAGAACCGUACAUCCUAUCAGGUUAUGAUAUGCUGGCGGCAAAGGAAUACGACCAGUCAGCGAAGUCUUCGUACAGUCAGGCUACAGAUCCUGUCUACGACUCGGGCGGCAAUGGGGGGAUGUGGGCAAAGAACGUCGGUAGCCUUUACGACAUGGAAAAUCAGUAUGGCGCGUUUGCACACGCACGCGACCACGAUGUCCGGCCUAUCUAUGUCGACGAUGAGAUGAUGAUGUGA